AUGCUCCAACAGCCGGUGCCCGAGCUGCGCAGCUUCUCCUCCCUUUCGCGAUAUUCGGGACCCCGGGCGGCCCUUGCGAGACGCCAAAGUCUCGCCCAACGACGCCAGUCACAGUCAUGUCGACGGCGAACAGAUAGCGAUCUGUUUACCGAUCCGGAAUCAGAAGAGGAGGGUCAAACGUUCGUCGAGCCAGCCCUGCACUGCUUGAAACAGUCGCAAGCUCCCCGAAGUUGGGCCCUGAAAGCUGUGAUGAGUCCGUGGUUCGACCGAAUCACGAUGGCCGUCAUUUUCAUCAACUGUGUGACGUUAGGCAUGUAUCGACCGUGCGAAGAUGGUGAUGACUGCCAAACGGUCCGCUGCCAAAUCCUGGACGUUGUCGACUGGUUAAUAUUCGUCUACUUCACCCUGGAGAUGGUUGUGAAAAUCGUGGCCCUCGGGUUCUACGGCCAAUCAGCCUACAUGUCCGACACGUGGAAUCGGCUCGACUUUUUUAUCGUCGUAGCUGGAAUUGCCGAGGUGUUCCUGAAGGAGUUCAUUGGUAAUUUGAACUUGACGGCGAUUCGAACGAUUCGGGUACUUCGGCCCCUCCGAGCCGUCAAUCGGAUACCGUCCAUGAGGAUAUUGGUAAACCUGCUUCUCGACACACUGCCAAUGCUGGGAAACGUGCUACUCCUCUGCUUCUUCGUCUUUUUCAUUUUUGGGAUCGUCGGGGUGCAGUUGUGGGCCGGGUUGUUGCGAAAUCGCUGCAUCCUCAACCUGCCCGAUUUCAACAUCACCAACGCCGAAAUGUCGUUUGCCAAUAUAUCAUUGUCCAGGUACUACAUCCCCGAGGACACCUCCAUGGAGUACAUUUGUUCUGAUGCCGAACAUUCCGGACUUCACACCUGUCUUUCAUUACCGCCGUAUGUCAAGGACGGCGUUAGAUGCCACCUAACCCUCGAAGAAUACGACCAGGUCUCCCCGACAGCCUGUAUAAACUGGAAUCUCUAUUACAACAAAUGCGAGGUGGAACACCGUAACCCCUUCCAGGGAUCCGUCAGCUUUGAUAAUAUCGGAUUCGCGUGGGUCGCGAUAUUUUUGGUCAUCUCACUCGAAGGGUGGACAGACAUUAUGUACUACGUGCAAGACGCCCACUCUUUCUGGAACUGGAUCUACUUCGUGCUCCUUAUUGUCAUCGGCGCAUUCUUCAUGAUCAACCUGUGUCUCGUCGUCAUCGCCACUCAGUUUGCGGAGACGAAACGAAGGGAAACGGAGAGAAUGAUGCAGGAGAGGAAAAGGAUGCAGAGUCAGACUGGAAGUCUUUCCGGAAGUGAGGCCGCCUUGGCCGCUUCUGCGAACGGCGAAGGCGGAGGCGGCGACUCUAUCUAUGCGGCCAUGGUCCGAUUCAUUCGCCAGACGUCAAGACGGGUCAGGAAGUACACUAAACAGCGCUGGAAGUCGAGGAAAGAGAAGAAGGCAGCGGCCAACGGUCCUGUGGAAGAGAAGAAGAAGGGUGGAAUUGACGAGCGAUGCAAGUUGAGCAAGAUUGAGGAGGAACUGGAUUCAAAAUGCGGGACGCCAGUUUUGGUGCGAAAAGCGUCGGAAGACAUGAUGCCCGAAUUGAUGCGAAUUGCGGAGAAGCCGGCAAAUGGGAGGGUGCGGACCGAGACGGAGAAUACGGAGACGAACAGAUCCAGGGAGACGCUCACCGAAACCGAGUCCGACUCCGAAUGGUCUGAGGAAGAGCUGCCGGAAGCGACGGGGGAUGAGAAGAAGCCAAAGAAAGAAAAGAAAAAAGCAAGCGUCUCCUGGCUGCGACAACAGGUUCGAACCUUUGUGAAUUGUGACCAUUUCACGAGGGGGAUUCUGGUGGCUAUCCUCGUCAAUACGCUUUCAAUGGGUGUCGAAUAUCAUAAUCAGGCAAAAAUGCUAACGCACAUCCUCGAGUACUCAAACUAUUUCUUCACGGGUCUGUUCGCCUUCGAAAUGCUGCUCAAAGUGAUCGCCGAUGGGUUGUUCGGCUAUCUGUCCGACGGGUUCAACCUUUUCGACGGUGGUAUCGUCGCGCUCAGCGUUCUGGAGCUAUUCCAAGAAGGCAAGGGCGGCCUCUCCGUGCUUCGUACUUUCCGCCUUCUCCGUAUCCUGAAACUGGUCCGUUUCAUGCCGGCCCUCCGAUAUCAGCUGAUGGUGAUGCUGAAGACGAUGGACAAUGUUACCGUAUUCUUCGGGCUGCUCAUUCUCUUCAUCUUCAUCUUCAGCAUCCUCGGGAUGAACCUGUUCGGGUGCAAAUUCUGCAAACUCGAGCCAGGGAAGGGCCAGAAUUUGCCGUGGAAGAAUACGCUGGGUAUGGUGUUCUUCGGCGGCAAAUUCUGCAACCACAAAGAGACGGGCAUCCAGUGCAAUUGUGCCCAGAUUGCGGCCGGCGAGUGCGACUGCGAUCGGAUGAAUUUCGACAAUUUCCUCUGGGCCACCGUCACUGUCUUCCAGAUCCUGACGCAAGAAGACUGGAACAUGGUCCUCUUCAACGGAAUGUCCCAAACCACCCCCUGGGCCGCGCUGUACUUUGUGGCCCUGAUGACAUUUGGAAAUUACGUGCUCUUCAAUCUGCUCGUCGCCAUCUUGGUCGAGGGCUUUCAGGAGAGCAAGGAGGAGGAGAAGCGCCAAUUGGAAGAAGAAGAACGAAAAAACGCCAUCGAAGAAGAGCAGGAGCAGAAGAAGGAACUCGAACUCUUGCUAGCAAGAACGGCUUCAAAUCAGUUCCUCUCUGCCCAUCCGCGGGGAUCCGUCGACUGUUCAUGCCCUGGGAAUGAUAUCCAUCAGAAUGGGAGUCAGUCUCCGCAGAUCGAGCUCGGCCGCCAGACCCUGCUCCCGCCCCAUCACGAGAUGAACGGCGGUAGCCGUGCACUGGUGCCGAUCGUAGCCCGAACAAGAAUCAUCGGCCAGACAAGAGGGAUGCAUGAAGAAGCCGAGGACAGUGAUUCGGAAGUAGAAGAUGAGAGCAGAAGAAUGGGACGGUUGAAUCGGCAUGGGUCCCUUGCGCUGCCAAGGCUUGUGUCUGGAGCACAGGUCUCCCCUCGAGGCCGUCAACGGCUACAUUCUUGGGGUGGCCUCAAUCAGCCGCUCUUCAACCCUAACUGCCCGGUGCACGGUAGAAGGGCUCUGAUCGAAGAGUACGCACGCGAGAAGUUCAUCCAGGCAAGCCAAGAAUUGAAAUUGGCGCUGGCCGAGGAGGAGCGACGAGAGGAGGAACGGGAGAAUACCGUAUGCCGGAAGUUGAUGAAGAAGACGUGCUUUUACACGAGAUCCGACUACGCACUUUACUGUUUGGGGCCGAAGAAUCCGGUCCGGAUCAGCUGCCUCCGUCUCACCCAGAAGAAAUGGUUCGACUACACGAUUCUGUUCAUGAUCGGCAUCAACUGCGUCACCUUGGCUAUGGAAAGACCUUCGAUUCCACCAGAUUCUAUUGAAAGGAAAUUCCUGAACGUCACCGGUUACAUCUUCACGAUCAUUUUCUCGAUGGAGAUGUUUCUCAAGGUAAUGGCCAACGGUUGCUUCAUGGGCAAAGGGGCCUACUUCAAAGACGGCUGGAACAUCCUCGACGGCAUCUUGGUGGUCAUCUCGCUGGUCAACGUGCUCUUCGAAUUUGUCGCUAGUGGUGAUUCUCCAAAGAUCUUCGGCGUUAUCCGGGUCUUACGAUUACUACGAGCCCUCCGACCACUUCGAGUCAUCAACCGGGCGCCUGGUGUGAAGCUGGUCGUAAUGACGCUCAUCUCCUCCCUGAAACCCAUCGGCAACAUCGUGCUCAUCUGCUGCACAUUUUUCAUCAUUUUCGGGAUUCUUGGAGUGCAGUUGUUCAAGGGAAUGAUGUACCAUUGCGUCGGACCAGACAUUGGCAACGUGACGACGAGAGCGGACUGUAUGCAAGAUACCCGAAACAAAUGGGUCAACCACCGCUACAACUUUGACAACCUCGGCCAAGCACUAAUGUCGUUGUUCGUCUUAUCCAGCAAAGACGGAUGGGUGUCGAUUAUGUACCAGGGGAUCGACGCUGUUGCAGUAGAUGUUCAGCCGAUCGAAAACUUCAACGAGUGGCGCAUGAUCUACUUCAUCUCCUUCCUCUUGCUCGUCGGCUUCUUCGUCCUCAACAUGUUCGUCGGGGUCGUCGUCGAGAAUUUCCACAAAUGCAAGGAGGCGCUGGAGCGGGAGCUGAUGGAGAAGGAACGCGAAAAGCGCAUUCAGAGAAAACUGAAGCGAGCGCAAUUCGAAGAGUGUCUGGCCAACAAGAAGAAGAAACCUGUCAAACUCCACCCUUACUACUACGAAUAUGGCCCAACUCGACUGUUCGUCCACGGCAUCGUCACUUCGAAAUAUUUCGACCUGGCCAUCGCCGCCGUUAUUGGCAUCAAUGUUAUCUCGAUGGCCAUGGAAUUCUAUAUGAUGCCCCACGGGCUAAAGUACGUGCUGAAGGCUCUCAACUAUUUCUUCACCGCCGUCUUCACCCUGGAAUCUGCCAUGAAACUCACCGCGCUCGGCAUCAAGCGGUUUAUGGCCGAACGUUGGAACCAACUGGACAUCUUCAUCGUGUUCCUCUCCAUCGCCGGCAUCAUCUUUGAGGAGUUCGAGGCCCUUGAGCUGCCCAUCAAUCCGACGAUCAUCAGGGUGAUGAGGGUGCUGCGGAUAGCUAGGGUCCUCAAGCUGCUAAAAAUGGCCAAGGGCAUACGAUCGCUGCUCGACACCGUCGGCGAAGCCCUACCUCAAGUCGGAAACCUCGGGUCGCUCUUUUUCCUGCUGUUCUUUAUCUUCGCCGCCCUCGGUGUGGAGCUGUUCGGGAAAUUGGAAUGCUCCGAAGAACACCCCUGCGACGGCCUUGGCGAGCACGCACACUUCAAAAACUUUGGAAUGGCAUUUUUAACGUUAUUCCGAAUAGCUACGGGUGACAACUGGAAUGGCAUUAUGAAAGAUGCGUUGAGGGACGACUGUGACAGCUCGGAGCGUUGUGAAGUGAACUGUUGCGUGGAUCCAAUUCUGGCGCCAUGCUACUUUGUCAUCUUCGUGCUGAUCUCGCAAUUCGUGUUGGUGAAUGUCGUCGUGGCUGUGCUGAUGAAACAUCUGGAAGAGAGUAACAAACGAGAUGCCAUGGAGCCGGAGAAGGAAGGAGCAACCGACGUGGAAGGCGGUGCCACGGACACCGAGCGUGACGACGUCGAACCGAACGAUGGUCCAAAAACGCUGGCACGGAUCGUGGAUGAAGAAGAACCGGUGGAAGAUGAGCACGACGAGAGGAUGGCAGAUCUGAAGAGGCUCGAGAAACAGUUAAUAGAGGCUGAGAAGAGACUGUUGAAGUGUGGUAGACAGGAUUUGAAGGAUGAGCACGUCCCAAUCCCCGACUGCCCGGUUUUCUUCGACCCGGAGAAUUUCCCCGAGAUGGACGCCACCCUGCCAGCCGAUGAGCCCCGAGAAGGCCACCGCGAGCCCCUAUUAAUGCAUGAACUGGCCAGCAAGCCAAAACGUCACCACCACCGCCGUUCCAAGCAUCAAAAAAGAAACAGCGACAUUGCCGAGGCGCUCGAGCUGACCGACGAAGCCUCGUUC